AGUGUCAAGGAAAACACGGUGGGAUAGAGGGCGAUGAUAGUGCGGUGUAUUCCAUCUGGGAGCGAGAGCCUGGAAAGUUGCGUUCGUUGUGCGGGUCAUUUGUCGGAGAGGCGAAAGGUGUGUUUUUGUUGGGUAGACCGCACACAGGUCUUGUGUGGGAGUUAUUACAGGCAGGUAAUAAUGUCAUUGCCUGCGACGAGUCGGCCAAGGACAUUGCAUAUCUGACAAAGUUCAUCGAUAUACUUGUGAAGGAUGAGAGAUUCGCCUGUCAUGUCGAGAAGCCACGUUGCACACAUCGUAGCAACAGAGACAUGUUCCACAAGUUGGGACGCAAGAGACUGAAGGUGUGGGAAUACCUGUUCGACGAUGCGCCGCAAGGACGGCUUGAUGGGAAUUACAUCUACAGGAAAGCAAAGGUGACAGAGACCCUGAAACAUUAUCACGGUGCUCUUACUGGCGCCUUUGAGACUUUUGUUGCUCGAUGCGAGAUCCUGAAGUCCGAUCUUCAUAAAGACCAGUUGACGUCCAAGGACUACGCUGACCUCGCGAAAUCGGGUGACGGCUUUAACCCCGUCGACAGCGAGGAAGACUCUUCGGAGUCCGACCUCGAAUUGGACGAGAACAAGGGUGGUGAAGGUCCGGGCGGUGGCAUGGUGCGGUCACACGAUGAAGGGACCGUUCGCUCGCAUGAAAGACCCGUACUGGUGGCCGCCCACAGUGUUGGCUCGAUGGUGGCCCCCAUGGAGGGCACCGGUUUGCCAAACAUGGGAAUAUGUGGUCCCAAUGAUGAAGAUGACAUUGAUAUGUCAGGCGAGGCGUCAAAGCUCGCACCAGGCGAUCCAAUUUCUCUCGGCUAUUGUGCUGAUCCGACCACAAUUUAUUUUUUGGGGGGCAAACACGCCCGCACUGGUGAGGACAAGUGGGGCCAUGACAUCGUAUGGCAUGAGGGCAUUUUUGAGCCCUGCAUCCAAGACGGGGAGUGGAAGAUGGCGGUCAAAUACACACGCGGAUGGCAGACGUUUCGUCGGAUGUCAAAGGACACUUGGCUGAAAACGACGAAACUCGUGAUUCUGUACCGCGUGCAAAAGGAGAAUCCGGGGCAGAGCGAGGGCACUGUCAAAGACAAGGCCAAAGAAUUGUUUUCUGUCAAUCAAACUAUUGGAACCAUGGAGGAGAGCAGCUCUCAGGAUGUCGUGCCUUUGUCGGCAUCGCCCCCCGUACCCACGCAGGCAGGGCAGAGGGAGGAUGACGGGACUACUGUGGUGAAGACUCAAGAGGUUCACAUGACGUCUAUGUCGCAAAUCUCCGUCGCCACGACAGAACCGUCAAAACACAUGGAUGUGUCAAACGCAUUGUCGUCAGAUGCAGGUGCCACGUACGGGAGUUUAUUAAUGGCAAGCGCCGCAUUAGAAGGCACAUCCGAAAUGCAGUUAGAGUCAGGUGUUGGCUUGAGCGUGCCGCACAGUCGGUUGCAACCGGAGUUAUGCACAGGCAAAGGUAAUGCAGAAUCACUGCUGACGCCACAGGGAGAGGCCGCUGCGGAUGGUGGGAAGGGAGGGGAUGUGGAGGGAAUCCUCAAUCCUCGCAAUCUUGAGACCUUAACCGAUGAUUUUGAUUAUGGGGCUGCACUAUCAACGGAUGGAGCAAGGGAAGCACAUGCGGAGUGGUCAUGGACGCACUCGCAUUCUGCCAUGCCAUCAACCGGCGAGAAGAGCAAUGGCAUGGACAGUCGGUGGGCAGUGUACAGCCAAACGGCGAGUGGCCAUCGUCCGCCUAGUGAGGGAGUAUCGAGCGUGAGGCCUCACGACAAUGACGGGGGAGCAUCGGUGCAGGAUUCCGGUCGUCGACGAUCGAGGAACGAAUCUCCCACUCAUCGAGACAUGCGAGACAUUCCCGUGUCACCUACCGUCAGAUCGUCGAACCUUUCUCCGCGAUGCGUGACCGACGUGGACGGUGGUGAUGAUGACAUGGACGGGGAGGGAGGGAGCUCCGGUAAAGGUACACCGGAAGGGGGGGAGACACCUGAAGGCGGAGGGACAACGCAAGCAGGGACGACAACAGCCGACGGGGCGUCAAAUGCCCGUCCUACAUCAGCAGGGGGCGGGACAUCAGAUGGGCAGGGAACAUCGCAGGGUGCAGGAACCUCUCGACGAGGAGGGACGUACGAAUCGGAGAGCGCACGGAAGACACGCCGCACGGGCGGUGGGAAAGGUCGGGUUGCAGGAGAGAGCGGAUCAGCGGUUUCAAGCAUCGCCGAAGCAAUGCAUGUGUCGACGCGGACGUACUGUGAAGGACUGGACAAGGCGUUGGACAGGGCCGCUGGUGUGCUCACGAAGGCGAGCACCGAAGGAGCAAAUGUUGUCGCUGGCAGGAUAGGUGACAUGGCCACCCAAAUUGGCGAGGUGGCGGCCGCCAUGCAUAAGGGAAAUGCGGUGCUGCAGCUGGUGGUGGGUGUCAUGGCACGACGAGGGAGCAGCGACGGCGGGCGAUGAGGAGACAAUGUCGGUUAGCCGCGUAGGGAACGGUACGGUUUCCGAGGCGU